AUGAAGUUCGCCGCUGUGUCUGGGCAGGUCUCCGCGGGGAGGAUCGCCGCGGCCAGGAUCCAUGGCGUUCGCACUGGACCCUCGGCUAUGAGGGUCGGACGCUGGCACAGAUUGGCGGUUCGCGCCGACGUGGACAGGACGAAGGUGCUGGAGGAAGUGCGCGACAUCAUCUGCGAACAGCUCGGCGCGGAAAAGGAGGAUGUUACUGGAGAUGCCAAGUUUGCAGACAUUGGAGCAGAUUCCCUGGACACGGUCGAGAUCAUGAUGAAACUUGAGGAGACCUACGACAUCCAGCUGGAUGAAGAAGCUGCUGAGCAGCUUCAAACUGUCCAAGAUGCUGCCUCUCUGAUCAGCGACUUGGUGGAGAAGAAGUGA